AUGGAAACCUCCCGCCGUCCUUAUCUGAAAUCCCUUGGCCAUCGCGGCACCAUUGAAGGAGUGACUGUCUCUGUGGGCCAGUCAGACCUAUGUCAUUAUUUUGGAGGUGUUCGCUAUGCCCUUCCACCUCCUGAGCGCUGGCGCAGGGCUCGCCGUCUACCAUCUGAUUAUACCUAUGGCAGCAAAACUGAUCCCGGUCGCUGUACUGGAGGCGCUGGGGUCUGCCCGCAGCCCGGAUUCAUGACGCAAGCCAAUCCAACCGAGAAGGACUGGACUGAAGAUUGUUUCCAAUGCAAUGUCUAUGUGCCAACCGAGGAGGCUCCACAGGAUGGCUGGCCUGUCUUUGUUUUCAUACAUGGUGGAUGGCUCCAAUUCGGUUCUCCAAAUGGGUUCAAUGUUGCUGCGUUGCUUGGUGAGACCGAAUUUAAAGCUGUUGUGGUCAUGCCGGCCUAUCGAGUCAAUGUGUUCGGGUUCCUAUAUUCCGCGGAGUUGGAGCAAGAUGCAGCUUCUGUUGGCGAAACAACGGGAAACCAUGGCUUCUGGGACCAGAGACUAGCCUUGGAAUGGACCAAGGACAACAUUCACUUGUUUGGAGGCGAUGCUGAGAAAAUUACAAUAUCGGGAUACUCUGCUGGCGCCAACUCGGUUUUCCACCAGCUCGCAUACGAUCUUCGUCAACCUGACAAGAAAGCCAUUGUUCGGCAAGCAAUAAUGUUUUCUAACUCCUCGGCUGUACAGCCAAAGUAUCCAGCAGAGACUCAACACCAAUUCGAUGAGCUUCUCACAGCACUAGACAUACCCUUACAGCUUUCGGCCAAAGACAAGGUCGCCCGGCUGCGCUCUACGCGACCCAAGAUCCUUCUAGACGCAAUUAAGACAAUGGGCCUGCAUCAGUUCCGACCCACAACGGACGGCGGUUUCGUUCUCCCAACUCUCUUCGAAUCUCUCGACACCGGCGAAUUCGCCAAGCGAAUACUGGAUCGGAACAUUCGCCUAAUCAUAGGUGAAUGUCGUGACGAGCACUACCUGUAUAGCAUCUGGUUCCCACCAAAGGAAAACACUCUUCCUGCAUUACGAAAACGCCUUAUCGCCGACUACCCUGAGCGGAUCGUCGAUGUCAUCAUCCCGCUGCAUUACCCCGAUGGCAAACUGCCAGCCGACCGCGAAAACUGGGUGCCCGAUGCCUGGGGCAAGAUCUAUGCCGAUAUGCAGGUCCACCAUAUGCAGCGCGGCCUUAUCCAUGCUCUCACCACCAAUUCGACAGGGGUGGAUGUCUCCCAUUUGAUAUACCGCUAUCGUAUCGAAUUUCGCGCGAAGUGCACGGAUGAGUCUCUGCCUGUCGAAUGGGGUGUUACACACUCGUCUGACUACCCUCUUUGGUUUUGGGGUAAUGGGAAACUGUUGACGGAUGGCGAGAAAACCAUCACCCGGAAUGCUUUCACGAGGCCCUUGGGUCGAUUUGUGCGGAUUGAGGAUGAUUUUGGUUGGGGUACAAGUGGCAAAAGCACUGUCCGAACUAUCAAGCCGGAUGGUACCUAUAGGAUAGAGAAUGAUCCACUGUGGGAGACGGGCGUUAGAGCGUGGAAGACUACUCGUAGUGUUGACACUUACAGGUCAAAGAUAUAA